AUGAACAUGGAUAAGGUGUUCGUGGAUACCCUCCAACUUGCUGCACAAGUCGGUUCGGAUUGUUGGGGGCGACCACGGUCACAGCAAAUCUCCUUAUCGAUAUACCUUCAUCUCUCUCCCCUAUUCCUGGAACGCGCCGGUAUAUCAGACGAUGUCGAGCACUCAGUGCACUACGGCCAUCUCACUAAAUCCAUUACCCAGCUCGUUCAGGCUGAUGGUGCCGCCUUUUUUUCUGUCGAUGAUCUUAUAGAUCGCGUUGCCGUGCAGGCGUUUGAGCUGGCAGGCGGAUCGGCGGUAGAGGUGCGUGUGGUGGUGGACUUGCCGAAGCUCAUAUUGCUGGCGGGUGGAUUCGAGGUGGAUGUGACGCUUCCAACGAGAAGGAAGAUAGUAUCGGUAAAAGAUCUGGUAUUAUUCGUCAUCAUCGGCGUCAAUGCACCGGAGAGAGAGUCCAAGCAGCGGGUGAUCGUGAAUAUUUCCUUUGUCGAGAAGGUUGGAGCUGGCUGGGUCGAUUAUGCGCAGAUCGUAGACGCGAUUCAAAAGCGAAUGGAGGCGACGGAAUACUUGACAUUGGAGAAGUUCGUGCUUGAGACAGUACGCCUCGCAUGCGUGACCUCUGUGAAUAUUCAAGCGGCAACUGUACGCGCACAGAAGCCCAGUGCAUUGUCUUUUGCUCAUUCAUCUGGCGUGGAGAUCACUCGAGAACAGUCUCACUUUACUACGUGA